AGCUUCUUCACCGUAUGCAUCCAAGUCUGUUGAUGACGGUAACUGCCUACCCUUUGGCCGCUGUGUGCUACUGUCCUCACCGAUUCAGCUUCGCAGGGGAGCCACACAUCACUGAUUCCAGCCGCGGUGACUCGGCCAUGCAUGAAAAGCUUGCCUAUCUAGUGUUUGGGUUCGAGCAUUCUUGGCUUCCAUGUUCCUGAUACUUGGGAGCACUUUUUCAAACAAGUGUGUGGCCGGCUUCGAGAAGUACCCCCACUGCGGACGCCAAGCUACUACCUCUUUUCUGUCGACAACAGUUUUGGGUACUUCCUCUCUCUUGUCCCCCAUAUCUAUGUACUCUUCCAUUCGUUAAGCAAAGGUUCACCUUCCACACACACCUUCACUCGUUCUGUACUUUGAUACACUUUCGUUCGCUCCUUCCUCCACAAAACUACACAGCCUUCUGUGUCUGGUUGCUGAAAGGUCACGUCAAGAUGAAUGUCCUCAAAGGCUACCUCCAGCCAGGAGCCAAGAAGGGAAAGAAAGGCUCAAAGACCGCUGCCGUCGAAGAAAACAAGACUUCACUCACAGCCCCCAUUGAACUUAAUGUCACUCCGCCUCAAGGCUCACCUACCUUCCAAACGCCUGCUGGCAGUCGUUUCUCCUCCCGGCCAGCAUCCAUAUACCCAUCUGGCGACUUCCGAAAUGCUCCAAGAGAAAGUAUCCUCGAUAUCAAAUCCGAUGUUAUGGUUAACUGGCUGCAUCAGCAACAGUUGGAAAAGCUAUGGGCUAUGGAAAAUAAUAGUGAGGGAGUGAUUUUGAAGAAGGCAAAAGGCGAAUUCGCAUGUUCUCCUGCGGGUCUGAGGAACAAUGUGUUCUUCGAACAAGUUAUUGCAAUGAACGUCCGAUGUGCCAUGACAGUCAACACACGCUUCAUCCGGAUAUUCUUGAGCAAACAUGCGGCUGAUUAUGUCCCUCUCAGUGAUGGCCUGCGAUUACAAGUCCUACCUUCUCUUGCGCACCUAUACAAUUGCCAAAAGCAUCAUUUCGGUGCAUUCAUCCGAGAUCAGAGUAUCCUUGUCGUGUGGGAUGACGAGCCGCAAAACUUGCUUCGACGUGCCACGCAAAUCGAGACUUCGCUUAUGCACAUGAUCUGGGGAGAUUCAGACUCGCUCGAACCAGUGGACGAAAAGAAGAGCGCCAAUGUCUCAGUGGUCGAGUUGCCAGAUGGUACAAUCUCUCCGAGAGACUUGGAGGACGCUCUCAUUGCUGAGAAACGACCUACAUUGUUGAUCAACCCCAUCAUUGUUGGUUUGACAUUGACGUUGUUGAUUGCUGCGCUAGGGCUUGGAUGGGGGAAACUCGCACAAGAAGUUGCUAUCGACGGGAAGUUUAUCCGUCUCGCGCUACUUGCCGUUACGCCUUGCCAGAUCUUCGUGUCGCUAUUCUUCAUGCAGAUCAUUGUUGUCAACAUCGCCCAGAUUUUCGGGCCUAUCAGUCAAUUGAACUUAAACUCGAAAUUCUACUCUGGAAAGGCUCCUAAACGUCUCAAUCGCAAUGGAUUUCUCCCACACGUCACGAUUCAAAUGCCAGUCUACAAGGAAGGUUUGAAUGCGGUCAUCCAGCCAACCAUUAUCUCGCUAAAAGCUGCUAUUUCUACCUAUGAAUUACAAGGAGGUUCCGCAAACAUCUUCGUUAAUGACGAUGGUAUGCAAUUGGUUCCAGAAGAUGAGGCCCAGGCUCGCCGAGACUUUUAUGAGGAGCACAACAUCGGAUGGGUAGCGAGACCGAAGCACAACCCUAAGCCAGCUGAUGGAGAGAAUGUGUUCUUGCGUCGUGGAAAGUUCAAGAAGGCUUCCAACAUGAACUACGCUCUGAUGGUCAGUAACAAGGUUGAAGACAAGCUCUUGUCGGUCCAGCGCCAUGACAAAUGGACACAGGAAGACGAGUAUGCUGCUUACGAUCAAUGCUUGGCAGCAGUCUUGACCGAAGAGGAAGGCCGUGCUUGGGCAGAAGGUAACAUCCGUGUGGGAGACUACAUCUUGCUAAUCGAUUCGGAUACUCGAGUACCAGUCGACUGCUUAUUGGACGCGGCAAGCGAGAUGGAGCAGUCUCCUGAAGUCGGCAUCCUGCAAUACUCCUCUGGUGUCAUGCAGGUGACCGACAGUUUUUUCGAGAACGGUAUCACCUUCUUCACCAACCUCAUUUACACGGCUAUCUGCUACACAGUCGCAAAUGGUGACGUGUCUCCGUUCGUGGGCCACAAUGCUAUUCUGCGAUGGUCGGCUCUGCAGCAGGUUUCUUAUGACGAUGAAGAUGGCUACGAGAAAUUCUGGUCCGAGUCUCACGUUUCUGAAGACUUCGAUAUGUCCCUGCGAUUGCAAGUAGCAGGAUACAUCAUCCGUCUUGGUUCAUACACCGGUGAUGGCUUCAAAGAAGGAGUCUCCCUCACCGUCUACGACGAAUUAAACAGAUGGGAAAAGUACGCUUACGGCUGCAACGAACUCCUCUUCCACCCGUUCCGUUUCUGGGUAACACGCGGGCCUUUCACCCCUCUCUUCCGAAAAUUCCUCACAUCAAACAUCCGCUUCACAUCUAAGCUCACCAUCCUCGCCUACAUCGGAACCUACUACGCCAUCGGUGCAGCAUGGAUUCUUACCCUGCUAAACUACUUCCUAAUCGGCUGGUUCAACGGCUACCUUGACCACUACUACCUCGACUCUUUCAAAGUCUACUUCUCGCUCGUCAUCGUCUUCAGCGCCCUAGGCAACAUCUCCCUCGCCGUCCUCCGCUACCGCCUCUCCCAAGCCUCCCUCUUCGGAGCCCUAUGGGAAAACUUCAAAUGGCUCCUCCUCCUCACCGUCUUCCUGGGCGGCAUCUCCCUGCACGUCUCUCAAGCCCUACUCUGCCACUUCUUCGAAAUCGACAUGACCUGGGGCGCCACCGCCAAGGAAGUCGAAAACGUAACGUUCUUCGAAGAAGUCCCGCGUCUGCUCAAACGCUUCAAGUUCACCUUCGUCUUCUGUAUCGCCAGUGCGGCGAUCAUGAUUGUGGGCGCGACGGUGCUGCCGUGGGAGUGGCGGAUCACGGAUUUCGUGGCCAUUUAUCCGUUGUGUACGGUGGUCGUUAGUCAUUUCUUUUUGCCGGUGGCGUUGAAUCCGGCGUUGAUGAUGUUUACUUGGUAGAUGUUGUGCUGAGAUUAAAUGGUUGGGUAAAGGGUGUUUGGGGCUGGAUUAGAGGGUUGGCGUUUUUUGGGGGUUGGGGGAUUGAGGCUGGUUUUUAGAUCGGCGGGAACUGGUCACUUUAUGAAUUGAUGAUGGUUGAUAGAUAGAUGGACGGAUGAGUACAUAUAUACAUACAUACAUAGGUCUAAUGUGAAUACGUAAU